AUUCUUAUUAUUUUCUUUUUAUGCAGUUUUUUUACUACGGGACCUCUUUAGGAGUCAAAGUCAAGGCCUAAAACGCUGCAUAGAGCUACAAACAAAAGCUGGGUCCAUUGGUUUUCUUACAAAACAAUGGUUAAUUUUCCGUAUAACAAUAUAACUAGCAACAUUUGCCAAUGGCAUCAGUGGAUUUAGAGCUCGUACUGCAUAGAGCGGUUUUCAUAUGAACUGUAUAGUUACAGAACUGAUUGAACUGGUCUCGAUCGAUCUCUGUUUUUGGGUGGUAAAAAGGGUCUCGAAGUUCAAGGUCGUACUGAAGAAGAUGGUCGAAUACAAGCGAGUGCAGAUGCGAGACUGCGGUGCCUAUGUUCACCAGUAAACUGACUUUGCAGACAAGGCAGUUCUGGCCCAGAAAAAAGUCUUUCUGAAGUUUAAUUUUGUGGAAGACAGAUUGGAUACCUUCCUUGCACAGCACAUUGCUUCCCAGAGUUCGCUAGCUAAGCUUUGGAAGCUUGUCAAAGUACUUCUGGUUUUAUCACAUGGUCAAGCUACCGUGGAACGAGGUUUUUCAGUUAAUCGCCAAGUGAUGGUGGAGCGAGUCAUCCAUGAUCGCAUCACGCACAUCGGAGGCCUGAAGAAGCUCGAGGUUAGUAAGCAGCUGUUGGACGCCGCAAGUCAAGGAAGACGGCGUUAUGUUGAAUAUCUCGACGAGCAGAGAAAGGCCCAGGCGAAAACCAUCCAAGAAAACCGCAAGCGAAAAUGCAAAGAAAGAGAAGAGGAUUUAGAGGAGAAAAGAAUGCGGCUGUCCUGCGAAAUUGCAUCGCUGCAGUUUGAUACCGACAAAUUUGCAAAUGAGGCAGAAGAAACGGCUCAGCUUUUUCUGCUUACAAAGUCUAAUGCCCUCAGAAAAUGCGCGAAAGAAAAGCAGAAGGCAUUAAAGGACGUUGAAGAUGAACUUGCAGAUCUCACUCUCAAGGCCGAAAUCUAAAAGAGCAACCAAUUUGAUACCAAAUAGUCUGAGCUUUUCUCGCGGCUAAAAUCAUUUGUACCGGGGCACACGUUUUCAAAACAUCCCUUGUUUUGGGCUUUCAUCUGUCAAACCAUUGUUUGACAUUCUUGACCUGUGUUCCCUAUGGUAAUCGCCCGGCCUGGCUUUCUGUGGCGAUGUUUCUGGUUUUAGUUGAGAUGAAGGCAGGCGAGCGCUUUAGGAAAGAAACUGAACGGCUCAGGGAAACAAACGCGUAUACGUCAAGAAAUAAAAAAUGACACAUGGUGUGUGUACUUGUAGUUACCUUUUUUAAUUCAAACGUUUAUUUGGGAGUCCUUGAAUUUUUAUAAAACAGUCCUUGGAAAGUCCUGGAUUAUUUUUCUUUCAAAAGCGUACGAACCCUGUAUAAGUAGAUUUUACGCUUCACUUACUCUAUCAUUGUUCGUGUCUAGACUUAUGACAUUUAGUCAAAAUAAUCUCACAAGCUUACCGCAUUUUGAGAAAAGAAACAUUUUAAAUGAUUUUUAAAGAUGCUUAAUUAAAAUGAGACUGCAAGAUUAAAAGCGAAAAUCGCAAAUAAGCAAAUCAACUAUAGAUUUAUCACAACUAUUUUUUACCACGUUUUGGGACGGAAGAAUCAUCUACGCGGAUGAAGAUUGAGAAGUGAAAAACUGUUCGGCUAUAUAAGCGGAUUAUAUAAUUCAUAAGACAAUUCAACUCAAAACGAGAGUUUCAAAGAGAUCUAGACUUAUAUCGGACACAUAAUAUAAUAUAGAUUUAGGCACUGCCUAAAAGCGGAGCCAGCAUUGAACACCUUCUGUGUUGACUGAUUGAGGUAUUUUGGGGGGAUCUAGGAUCCUGCUCUUUACUGAGAUUUAUUUAUUGUA